AUGGAAAUGUCUUCAGUACCACUUCAUCACAAGGACUGCAGUCUUCACCAAAACUGUGUCACUUUGUAUCAGUGUGGCUACCCUAGUUCUGAAGGCUACAGCAGUCUUUCUCCAGCAUCUUCCACUGACUCCUGCGGCCUUUCUCCUCCAUACAUGACCUAUAAAACAUCUAAGGACGUUUGUGACAAUAUACCAGCAUGCAGCACCAGGACUGAGGAAUUAAGAAUGGACUCUAAAUAUGUUUCAGAAAAAAAGAGCAAGAAGAGCAAGGUAAAGCUGGCCCAUAGCCAGAGACAGAGUGCAAGUGAGAGAGAGAAACUGAGAAUGAGGAACAUAUCCAAAGCUCUCCAGAACCUAAGAAGAUACCUUCCUCCUUCAGUAGCCCCUGUAGACAAGAAUCUGACCAAAAUAGAAACCCUUCAACUGACCAUACGCUAUAUCUCACAUCUGUCUGCACAGCUAGGCCUCAGUGAAGAAGUUUUGGAACAAAGAAGGAUGGCUGCCAUUCAGGGAACUAAGAGAUGCCCUCAAAGUAUUCACUGCUUGGAAAGAACUCAUAGAUUUUGUUCAGAAGCCACAAGAGAAAGCUUCAAGCAAUCACCCGCA